AUGGAACGUGCCGAUCGGGUGGGUGCGCUACGAAAUCAUCUCUACAUUAAUCACCGCUCCUACGGUGGCCUUGAGGUUUUGCCAUCCGAGCUGUUCUAUGCUGGCCGUAUGCACACAGAGAUCCCUGCCGAUGAACAGUACCCCAAAUCCCUUCAGCAUCUCCGAGAUUUCCUCGAGGGGUUCACAGCUCACACUCCAAACUGGGCAAUGAAGCGGGCCAAGGAACUCCUCGCCGACACUGAAUUCCGAUGGGUCAACAAAGUCGACAAGCCCGGUACAAUCAUGAUAAUCGCCCCCUACCGAACCACCAUCAACAAUUACUGCUUACUUGUUCAUAACUUGAGUGAAUCGGCUAAGGGAGAGUGGAUGUACGAAUAG